AUGUUAGAACAGCGACCAAAGACAGUGAUAUCCAUAAUCGGUACCACCGGAGUAGGAAAGUCUGAUCUUGGAGUGGCUUUGGCUGAGAUGUUCAAUGGAGAGAUCAUCAAUGCAGAUUCUAUGCAAAUGUACAAAGGUCUUCCUCAAAUAACUAACAAACACCCGAUUUCUGAUCGGCAUGGUAUUCCUCAUCAUAUUAUGAAUCAUGUCGAUUGGAAUGAGGAGUAUCAUAUCCAUAGAUUUCAGAAGGAGUGUCUGGCUAAGAUAGCUGAAAUCCAUAGUCGAGGUAAAGUGCCUAUUCUGGUUGGAGGUACCCACUACUAUUUGCAGAGCGUUUUGUUUGUGAACAAAACCAUUGGAACGGAAGAUGGUUCUGAAGAGAAGCAGCUUACAGAAGCUCAGCAGCGGAUGCUUGAUAGUGGGUCAGGUGAACAAUUGCAUGAGCUCUUGAUGAAGUACGAUCCUAAAAUCAGUAUGAAAUUUCACCCUAACGACGUGCGACGACUAAGACGUGCUUUGGAGGUAUAUUAUAAAAUGGGGAAACCGGCCAGUCAAUUUUAUAAGGAGCAGCAAAAGCAGCAGACCUUUAGAUCCAGACUUCGAUACACUACGAUGUUUCUUUGGCUUUACUCUGGAAGCUCAGAAUUGAACUUACGAUUGGACAAACGGGUGGAUAAGAUGAUGGAUCAGGGAGCAUUACAAGAAUUGACUGAGUUGUACGAUUACUACGAUGGGUUACCUAAUCCUAAGCCUAAAAUGGAUACAGGAUGUUUUCAGGUGAUUGGAUUCAAGGAGUUUCUACCCUAUUUGAGUAGUAGACGGAAGGACCCUUUGGACGGUCAGGAUCCACUUUUCAUGAAAUGCUGCGAAGAGAUGAAACUUCGUACCAGACAGUAUGCUAAAAGACAGGUGAAAUGGAUAAAGAAUACUCUUAUUCCUGAUUUGCAAAGUGAGGCUGAUCAUGAUUGGUGCCACUUCGGUAAGGUAUAUGUGGUGAAUGCGAGUGAUUUGAGUCAGUGGCAUGAACUUGUUGAGCAUAGAGCAGUUCAAAUAGUUCAAGAGUUUCUUAAAAGUGGUGGCAAAGUGAACGAUUCUGUUGUGCAGGUGCCGAAAGAGCUCGAAGAUCAGAAUUUGAUACAUGAUAAAAGCAACAAGUUUGAUGAAACUAAGUGGGUUUAUCAUACUUGCGGUGUGUGCAUCAAUAAAGUAACAGGAGAACCAUUGGUGUUGGUGGGAGACCAGUACGAUAUUCAUAUGAAGGGUAGAAGGCAUAGACGUAACUUUAAGUACAAGAGUAAAAAAUAG